GAGAGAGAGCGAGAGGAGCAGGCGGUGGGCGAAGCGGGCGAAACUUAAGGCACAUAUUCCUACAUUUUAUCAUCUGGAUGGCGCUGAGUGGCCGUUACACCUGGGAGAACGUUCUGGACUGGGGUUAUGGCGGAGUUGAUCCCAAUAUACCUGGAAAUGGGGGCCCUCAAUGUGCUUCCUUUCUGUCACUACAUAGAAGACUGCUGGAGACGCUGCUGGGAUGUGCAGUGCCCCUGUUCUAUGUGUUCUGGGGCUACUCUAACAUCACCUGCCCUGCCUCCUAUAAGCUUGUAAGGAAGGACCGAGGGGGCAAGAGGGCUCUUCUAGUGUUAGUGUCAAUGAUUUUUGGCACGGAGAUUGGUUUCAAAUUAUCCAGCAAACAGAUUAUCUACCUGCUCAACCCCUGCCAUGUCACCACUGCUAUACAGAUCUACCUCCUGGCAGCCCCCCCAAGCCGAUUCGUGACAGCUGUUUUCCGAGUCCACCUCAAUUUCCUGAACGGUGCGGUCCUGGCUCUCAUCUUCCCCGUCACAAACUCCCGCCAGCUUCCCUUUGAGAUGGAGAUGUACUGGGUGGAACACGUAAUGAUGCUGGUCACCCCAUACUACCUGCUGCGGCUUGGGGGUGUGUACACAGUGGAGGACCAGUGGGACAUGAGCUGGACCAUCAUGUCUCUUGGAAUUCUACUCAUAUACCACUUCCUGCCUCUACAGCUUAUUGGCAUGCUGUCUCAAGUGAACCUAAACAACAUGCUGUGCCCGGCCAUCAGCGACCCGUUUUAUGGCCCAAACUAUCGGAUAGCGGCCAUGCUCCAUCAGUCCCUCUGUGUGCCUCUCAUUAGCAAGACCUUCUGUUUUGUGGCCAAUUUUUUCAUCACCAAGUUUCCGCCCACCAAGAUCAAGGACACACUUGCCCUGGAUGUCACAAUGAGCGGUUAUGACCAACGCCACGACCUCACCUACACCCCCCCUCCCUCCCCCUCCACAACCCCCCCUCCCUGCUGCACCGCCACCCAGGGAGGACCGAGGAGGGAGGGGGACUCGACUGACCACCACCACCACCACCACCACACCACCAGCACCACCACCACCACCACCCACCGCAGAACAAAAAGUUGCAGGUGAAGCAGACAGUUGAACACCAGCGACUGUUUCCCUUCAACGGGCAGCAACUGGGCCCCGGUGGUAACUCAGCUGGAAACGUGGAGCCGUUUGAGUGUGUCCCCGAGUGCCAACACAGACAGCUUCUCAGGACGAAUGCAAGAUUGGUUAUGAAAUAUUGCCCAACAUUAAAUGGCAUCAGCUUGGUGAAGACCACCCUGGACAGACUACACAGUCCUUAUGAGCCGCUGAGCCACACUCGGACACUCCAACGCUUUACCACUUUUAGAGUCACCAAUCAAGUGGGCCUUUUUUUUAAUAUUUCAUUUUAUUUUAUUUUUUGCCCUUGGCUGGCUUUCUCCUCCA